UACUCUCCUAUUUUUCCUUGCUUUCCCUCAUUUUGCAGGAAGCCAAAAUGGGUUCCCAUUGUCUUUCCCUUCACCUCCGUUCCUGAGCCCUUCUUACUACAUUUACGGCUUGAUCAUUGGCUCUUUCUCUCUCAACAAGGCGAAUUCGGCUCAUCACAAAAUUCUUGUUCUCCAAAGCUUAAGAUGUCGGCCACAGCUGGAAGGGUUCUCAUGCCUGCAAACAACGGGGUUCGUAGCAGUGCUGAUCUCCAGACCCAUUGUAUAUGGCAAAAUGUAAUUGGUUAUGAACCAUAUGCACCUGUUAAGGAUGACUCCAAAAGUUCUUCCCAACACGGGUCCUCAAAUGUUGAACCUACCUCUGUUAAUGCUUGUGCCAACUUCCAAGGUCUCCUAGCUCUUGCCCAUAUCACAAAUUCCAAUCCUGAUGAGGCCUGUGGUGCUUGCAGGAAAGGCAAUUGUGUUGGGUAUCUUGGUCUUCAGUGUAGAAACUUUUUGAGUGUUGGGGACCCAGAAGUAGUUCAGGCUGCAGUUUUGUCUGUGUGGGAAAAAAUAAAGGAAAAUGGAAAGAUUAUGGUUAUCAGGAAUGAUGCUACUGAGGAAGUGGAAGACAAGAUUGAUACUACAGAUUUUGAGGUUGAUUCAGAUAUCGAAGGGAUUCUAGCUAGAAGAUCUGGCAAAAAGAGCAGUUUGAAGGCAAGGUCAUCUAGGAAGGACAAGAAUUCUAAUGAAGUUUUGUUGGAUUCUAAUUCUGGAGAGAGGAAGAAAAGAGGAAGGUCAAAGAAAAGGAGGAGUGAGAAGAGGAGGACAAAUGAUUCUGAGGAUGAAGGUGAAAGGAAAAGGAGGGAGACUAGGGGAAAGAGGGAUGAGUCUUCUGAGGAAAAGAGCGAGCAGCAGCAACAUACGAGGAAGAGUAGGAAAGAGAAGAGGGGUAGAAGAAGUCAUAGAUAUUCUAAUGAGUCUGAUUCAGAUGGAUCAGAUGACUCUGGCUUAAGGCACAGCCAGAGAAGCAGGAAGCCAACAUUGACAUCUAAUUCUAAUGUGUGCGUCUCAAAUGAACCACGGGUUGGGAGGGCUGCAAAGCGGUCUGAGAAGAGGAGCAAGAACCAUCAUGAGGAGAUUGAGUGAGCACUUGCUAGUGAAGGGAUUUGGAGAAGUUUGAUUAUAUCCAGAGCUCCAUAUCAGAGGUUUCUUUUGCAGCUUGAUCUUCUCUAAGAGCAAUUUUAAACUCGUUUAUGUUGUAAGGCAGUUCUUUCUCUUUCUGUUUCGCUUGAAAGAAAAUGUUGGGAGCAUUAUAAAUAAAGAUUUAGAGCAUUAUAAAUAGCCAUCAUAAAUACUGAAGUAUUUGUAUCUGAGCUAUUAUCUCUUGGUGAACUAAAUCAUGUGGUUAAACUGAGCUUUCAAUCAAUCUGGAAAGUUGUGUUAUGAAAUUUAAAUUUUAUCCCUA